GGCAAGUAGACUCCCUGUCGUCGUACAUUGCGAUUCGCCCCACACGGCGUUCGUCUCCCCCAUCACCCCUUCCCCUUCGUUUUCUAUCUCUGCUGAGGCCUGUGCUUAGCCCGGCUCAGUUGCACGUGCCCCCACCCCCCCGGAGGCCGUCUUUCCAACCAUGAGGGUCCUCCACCUGCUCCGCCCCGUUUAUUCUUACCUCCCCGAGGUCAAGGAGCCCAACAAGCGUGCUAUCUCCUUCAAGGAGAAGCUCAUGUGGACCGGUGUCUGCCUGCUGAUCUAUCUCGUUUGCAGCCAGGUCCCCCUGUUCGGCAUCCUGUCCAAUGAGAAGGCCGAUCCCUUCUACUGGGCCCGCAUGAUCCUGGCGUCCAACCGUGGCACGCUCAUGGAGCUCGGUAUCACCCCGCUUGUCACUUCCGGCAUGAUUCUCCAGGUCCUCGUUGGUGCCAACAUCAUCGAGGUCGACCAGUCGGUCGAGGAGGACCGCGAGCUCUAUGCCGCGGCGCAGAAGUUCAUUGGUCUCGUCUGGUCCCUGGGCCAGGCCAUCGUUUCGGUCUACACUGGCAUGUACGGCAACCCGGCGGAUCUGGGCCUGCCCAUUUGCGCGCUCCUGGUGCUGCAGCUCUUCCUGGCUGGUCUGCUGGUCAUGCUGAUCGACGAGCUCCUGUCCAAGGGCUACGGUCUCGGCUCCGGCAUCACCCUGUUCAUCUCCACCAACAUUUGCGAGAACAUCCUGUGGAAGGCCUUCUCCCCGACCACCAUCAACCUGGGCCGUGGUACCGAGUUCGAGGGCGCCAUCAUUUCCCUGAUCUACCUGCUGGCCACUCGCACCGACAAGACCCGCGCCCUGCGUGAGGCCUUCUACCGCGACAACCUGCCGAAUGUGACCAACCUGCUGGCCACCGUCCUCAUCUUCCUGAUUGUCAUCUACUUCCAGGGCUUCCGUGUGGACGUCCGCAUCCAGUCGACUCGCGGCUACAGCCCCCCGAUGACCUACCCGAUCAAGCUCUUCUACACCUCCAACAUGCCCAUCAUCUUCCACUCGGCCCUGGUGACCAAUGUCUAUCUCUUCUCGCAGAUCCUGUACAACCAGUUCCCGGAGAACUUCCUGGUCCGCAUGUUCGGCGUGUGGCGCAACCACCCCGGCUCGAGCCAGCUCUUCGCCGUCGGCGGUCUUGCCUACUACAUGUCCCCGCCGCGCACCCUGGCCGACAUCGCCUCGGAUCCCGUCCACACGAUCAUCUACAUUGCCUUCGUGCUCGGGACUUGCGCCCUGUUCAGCUCCAUCUGGGUGUCCUUCUCCGGCCAGUCUGCUCGUGACGUGGCCGCCCAGUUCCGUGCCCAGUCCAUCACCAUCAAGGGCCAUUCCAACAAUGUGGAGGGCUUCCUGAACCGCUUCAUCCCGAUUGCCGCGGCCUUCGGUGGUCUCUGCAUUGGUGCUCUGUCCAUCUUCGCCGACUUCACCGGCGCCAUCGGCUCUGGCACUGGUAUCCUGCUGGCCGUCAGCAGCAUCUUCCAGUACUACGAGCUGUUCGUCAAGGAGCAGCGCGAGAAGGGUGUCAGCCUCCAGUCCCUGAUGGAGUGAGGGGCUUUUGCCACACGUGAAGCUGGGCCUCGAGCAGAGACCCCGCCGCAAGGGGGGCGGGGGAGGGCGGGAUCUUGGGAGGGAAUAUUCCUCCCCCCUUUCCUUCCCUCUUGCCUCGUUCCUCUCUCUCUCUCUCUUUGCCUCCUGCUCAUAGUGUGCAUCCUUUGUCCUUCCUUUGGCCCCGCGCCGGCAUGCGCGGGGAGCGGGGAAGCGGGUCCCCCCCCCCCUCCCACCCGCCCUCUCUCGCCCCCCAUCCUGUGCGAUGUGUGUCUGUGUCCUGUCUGUGCAUGCGUCGUUCCUUGUACUGGCCCGCGCAUCCCCCCUCUCCUUCCUCCUCCCCCUCUCUCUCUGUUCCCCCUCUCCCUCGGUGCAUGUCAUCCUUUGUGCAUCUUCCAGAGAGGCGGGGACUGGCCAAGAGCGGCGCUGCCGGAAAGAUCCCCCCCACCCCCGGCGGGAGGCCUGUGCUUAUUUUCCUGCACAUGCCGCCCCCUCUCCCCCUUCCCCCCCCCUGUCCCUCUUUCCUUCCCUUGUGCAUCCCCUCAGAUCUUUCUCGCGCACGCACAUACGCACACCCACACCCCCACGCGCAUGCAUGGGAACACAGGUUCCCUCCCACGCGUAGCGCUCUCGCGGUGCCUCCACUGCCUACCCUCGUCUCCUUCCCCCCCCCCCUCCUUUCCCCCCUAUAUACACCUUUUUAUACACACAUAUACAUACGAGAUCUUCGA